CUCCGCAGUCCGCCGGCCCGCGGCUCCGAGCGCGCACUCUGUUCGGCGGCUGAGGACGCCGCCCGCCUGGCCGCCCCUUGCCCGCCUCGGGCGCCCGCUCGGACCUCGGGCCCGGCCCGCCGCGUCGCGCGCGGAACUCUGCCCGGGGCCCGGCCGUCGGCGGCCAGCUGAGCUCGGCCCGCUCGGGGCUCCGAGGAGGCGGUGGCCGGCCGGGAUGGGCUGCCCGGCGGCGCGGAGGGGCGCCCGGGGGCUCGGCGCGCUGCUCCUAGCGCUGGUGGCCGCGGGGAGUCCCGCGUGUGCCUACAAUCUGGACCCGCAGCGUCCCGUGCGCUUCCAGGGCCCCGCCGGCUCCUUCUUCGGCUACGCUGUGCUGGAGCACGUCCACGACAACACGCGCUGGGUCCUGGUGGGCGCACCAAAGGCAGAUUCCAAGUACAGCACUUCAGUGAAGUCCCCAGGGGCUGUGUUUAAGUGCCGAGUCCACACCAACCCCAACCGGAGAUGCACAGAACUGGACAUGGCUCGAGGGAAUAGUCGGGGCAUGCCCUGUGGAAAGACUUGCCGGGAAGACCGGGACGACGAGUGGAUGGGGGUGAGCCUGGCCCGGCAGCCCAAGGCUGAUGGCCGCGUGCUGGCCUGUGCCCACCGUUGGAAGAAUAUCUACUAUGAAACUGACCACAUCCUGCCCCACGGCUUCUGUUACAUCAUCCCGUCCAACCUGCAGGCCAAAGGCAGGACACUGAUCCCUUGCUAUGAAGAGUACAAGAAGAAGUACGGGGAGGAACACGGCUCCUGCCAGGCUGGCACUGCAGGCUUCUUCACCCAGGAGCUGGUGGUCAUGGGAGCCCCAGGGUCAUUUUAUUGGGCUGGGACUGUCAAAGUGCUGAACCUCACAGAUAACACCUAUUUCAAACUGAAUGACGAUGUGAUCAUGAACAGGCGGUACACUUACCUGGGCUAUGCAGUCACGGCCGGCCACUUCUCUCACCUGUCCACCACCGACGUGGUAGGCGGCGCCCCUCAGGACGAUGGCAUCGGGAAGGUUUAUAUUUUUCGAGCUGAUCGAAGAUCAGGCACCUUAAUUAAGAUUUUUCAGGCAUCGGGUAAAAAGAUGGGCUCUUACUUCGGCUCCUCCUUAUGUGCAGUUGACCUGAACGCCGAUGGCCUCUCUGACCUGCUUGUGGGGGCCCCCAUGUUUUCUGAGAUCAGGGAUGAGGGGCAGGUCACCGUCUACAUCAACAGAGGAAAUGGAGCCCUCGAGGAGCAGCUGGCCUUGGCCGGGGAUGGCGCCUACAACGCCCACUUUGGGGAGAGCAUCGCCAGCCUGGGCGACCUUGACGACGAUGGGUUCCCAGAUGUGGCCGUCGGCGCGCCCAAGGAGGAUGACUUCUCGGGGGCGGUCUAUAUCUACCAUGGUGACGCCGGGGGGAUAGUCCCUCAAUACUCAAUGAAACUGUCGGGGCGGAAGAUAAGUCCAGUUCUCCGGAUGUUUGGUCAGUCGAUAUCUGGAGGCAUUGAUAUGGAUGGAAAUGGCUAUCCUGAUGUCACUGUUGGAGCCUUCAUGUCUGACAGUGUGGUCCUUUUAAGGGCAAGACCCGUCAUCACGGUGGACGUCUCCAUCUCCCUGCCAGCCUCCAUCAACAUCACGGCUCCCCAGUGUCAUGACGGACAGCAGCCUGUGAACUGCCUGAACGUCACCGCCUGCUUUAGUUUCCAUGGCCAGCAUGUUCCGGGAGAAAUUGGCCUGAAUUAUAUCAUGACAGCUGAUGUGGGCAAAAAGGAGAAGGGCCAGUUGCCCAGGGUCUACUUUGUGUUGCUGGGAGAGUCCACAGGUCAGGUCACAGAGAAGCUGCAGCUGGUCCACAUGGAAGAGACGUGUCAUCACUAUGUGGCCCAUGUGAAGCGGAGAGUGCAGGACGUCAUCAGCCCCAUCGUGUUCGAAGCCGCCUACAGCCUGGGUGAGCAUGUGACCGGGCAGGAGGAGCGGGAACUGCCAGCGCUGUCACCAGUGCUCCGCUGGAAGAAGGGACAAAAGAUUGCUCAGAAGAACCAGACGGUGUUCGAAAGGAAUUGCCGUUCGGAGGACUGCGCCGCAGAUCUGCAACUUCGGGGCCACCUGCUGCUCUCCAGCAUUGAUGCGAAGACCCCAUAUCUAGCUCUGGGGGCUGUGAAGAACAUCUCCCUAAACAUCUCCAUCUCCAACCUUGGGGAUGAUGCCUAUGAUGCCAACGUGUCCUUCAACGUUUCCCGGGAGCUCUUCUUCAUCAACAUGUGGCAGAAGGAGGAAAUGGGCAUUUCCUGUGAACUACUGGAAUCAGACUUCCUCAGAUGCAGUGUGGGGUUUCCAUUCAUGAGGUCGAAGUCAAAGUAUGAAUUCAGCAUGAUCUUUGAUACAAGCCACCUGUCUGGGGAAGAAGAAGUUCUUAGCUUCAUCAUUACUGCUCAGAGUGGCAACAUGGAGCGCUCCGAAUCCCUGCAUGACAACACCCUCACGCUGACGGUGCCGCUGAUGCAUGAGGUGGACACGUCCAUCACUGGAAUCAUGUCUCCGUCAUCCUUUCUGUACGGCGAGUCUGUGGAUGCAUCCAACUUCAUUCAGCUGGAUGACCUGGAGUGUCAUUUCCAGCCCCUCAACGUCACGCUUCAGGUCUAUAACACCGGGCCAAGCACCCUUCCCAGCUCAUCUGUCAGCAUCUCUUUCCCCAGUCGACUGUCACCUGGAGGUGCAGAGAUGUUUCACAUCCAGGAGGUUGUGGUGGGCCAAGAGAAGGGGAACUGUUCUUUCCAGAAAAAUCCAACCCCCUGCAUCAUCCCUCAAGAACAAGAAAAUAUCUUCCAUACAAUAUUUGCUUUUUUCUCAAAGUCUGGAAGAAAAGUCUUGGACUGUGAAAAACCAGGAGUUUCUUGCCUAUCAAUGCACUGUAACCUUAGUGCACUGGCUAAAGAAGAAAGUCGUACUAUAGACAUUUAUAUGCUGCUGAACACAGAAAUAUUGAAGAAGGACAGUUCAUCGGUCAUCCAGUUCAUGACCCGCGCCAAGGUGAAGGUGGACUCUGCCCUCAGGGUGGUGGAGAUAGCCAGUGGGAACCCGGAAGAGAUGAUGGUGGUCUUCGAGGCCUUGCACAAUCUGGAGCCACGUGGCUAUGUCGUGGGGUGGAUCAUCGCCAUAAGUCUGCUGGUGGGAAUCCUCAUCUUCCUGCUGCUGGCUGUGCUGCUCUGGAAGAUGGGCUUCUUCCGCCGAAGGUACAAAGAGAUUAUUGAAGCUGAGAAGAACCGGAAAGAGAAUGAGGGCAGUUGGGACUGGGCCCAGAAACACCAGUGACCUGCCACACCGGCCACGCACCCGCUCCUUCGCCUGUCAUCCUCGGGCGUGUAUCUUCCAUAUUUGGAAGAAAGAAUCUUCUCCAGAUUUUUCGGAGGCCCCACUGAUGCUCUUCUCUUCCUCAUUCUGUCAAGCCCAGGUUCCAGCCUGAGGCUGCCACUUGGGCCGGGUCGCAUGACUGGAGCCACCACCAUUUCUUUCUAAAGAUGACCUCUGACCUUUGGAAAACAAGCUGCAGAGCUGAGCAAUAUUUAUGGAUGCAACAUGUGUGGUCAGCCCUCAGGGGAAAACUGUUACCGAGAAGUAUUUUUAUAAAUAUAAGCCUUUUAUACUGAUUAUGUCUUUAUAUUUGUAUCGAUGUUUUAUUAUUUCUAUUAAAUAGUUCUAUAAUUCACACAAGCACUGAUACCUGGCCUGAAAUCUUGGAAAUGUACAUUCAUAUGAAUUUAAGGGAUAAAAAUCUGAUUGUACUUUGGACCUUGCUGUUAGAAAGGACUUGCAGAUAAAAUAAUCAAAAGGAGCCUCAAGUAAUGAACCUGCCAAGCUGGCAGUGCCGCAUACAAAAUGGUGGUGGUGGCACAACCCUUCAGCAUCUCGCACCCUUACUGCCUGGAAUCCAGUUUGAAGUCAUGUGCUCAAGGUCUAUUAAGUGUUUUUCAUAUGCACCUUUCAUUGAAGAGUCAGCAGGCGUUUGGAUGGAAAAACCUGAUGCUAGCAACAGUCUGCUCUGCCUUGCUUUUAUAAGCAGGCCCCUCAGCCUCCUUCACCUGGAGGCAGGGUGAAAGCUUGGAGCAAGGCCAGGUACUCAUCUGCUAAACAGCAGAAAGGCAUCUCGUCCCGGACACCACCCCUCAACCACCCACUACACGGACUACAUCAGUGCCCACCAUGCAAAGACUAGCAUCUGGAUGCUGUGAUGUGUCACCUUCGUAUGGCAGUUUGAGUUCAAAGGUGUCCACUUCCCUAUUGCUCUUGCUGUCCCAGAUAACAGUAUAGAAGGUUCCUUCCUAGAAUGAUCAUUCAACCUGGCCUUAUUUUUUUAAAUUGUGUCUCAGUUGGGGUCCCCAAGAAGCUGUCCCUGAGACAAGGAUUUAUAUGCAAGUACCUCCUGAAGGAAGUGUCCCCAGAGGACAGCAGUAAGGGAGUGAGGGAAGUGGGACAGGGAAGGUGGGGAAGCUGGGAAGGGUGCCAGGCCAGGCCAGGGCCACAGAGGGCGGAGGCUCCCUGCAGGGGAGCCCUGGAGAACAGGUUAUGUGUCAGAGUCGUCCCAACCUGAGGCAAGGCAGCUAAGCUUUUGAAUUCUUGCGCCCAGGGGAGGUGUAAACUUUCGGCUCUCGUUCCUACCAGCAACAUGGCUCCAGGAGCUCAGGGGCAGUCUUCUGAAGGGUAGCAGCAGGUGCACCCCAGCCUGGCAUGUGUGCUGAAAUUAUGCAGAGGGGCCUGGCACAGCCCAGACACCCUCCCUAGCCCUGCAGGUGUGAAGGCUGAGUUUGGCCUUCAGACCCCAGUGCUCCAUUUAUCAGCGUUGGCUGUCACAUGCACUGUGUUGCCCCAUUUUGAGUGCAAUGUGACUUUCUACACACGUGGGCCAUGAGAGGACAGACUGGCCCAAGGUGGAUACUAAAUGACUGUUAGCAGCUAGCCUGCUCCCCCUGCUGGAGAACAUCAGAUAAGAGGGUAACAGAGGCCUUAAUGGCUCAUCACAGCUUGCUCAAGUCCCAGAUGCAUACAGGUGGCAUCAAAUGGGAAUGGCACAGGAAACAAGAUAAAGGAUCCUUCUGAUAGGGCCUCAUUUAUUGGAAGCCAACGUGUUGGGGAUCUGUGAACAUUGUUGAAAAGACACAGAACUCACCUUCAGGGGAGACCAGCUUUCUGUGUCCAUACUUGGCUGAUAAUUGCAAACAGAGCUGGGUUUUGGCAGAAUUACGAGGGUGCAGGGCAGCUGUGAACCUGGCAUGGAACACAUGUGUCUUUUCAUUUUGAAUUGUGUAGUUGAUGAUGAGGAAGAUAAUGUGUUGUGCAUCCCUGGCUGGUGAAUAUGGGAAUAGACAAAAAGAGCUAGAGGGUCAAGGGCAUGAACUAGGCUGAUCUUAGAGUGCUGGCAAGGAUGUUGCUUCUGUAGGAGGCAUGGAGGCCCAGAGGUAACUACAGGGCAGAUGUGGGCAAAGAAACCAAUUCCCUCUUGGAGUUUGCGUGUGAGUUCUAGCAAAAGCAAUCAAAGCAGUCUUGGUGGAUUCUAGUCACUCAUUAAAGGAUAUUUGCGGAGCCUCUCUGGGUACCAGGCACUGUGCUGGGGAACCAGAGGACACACAGGCACACUUUGCCUGGGAGGCAGACCUACCUACAGGGGAGCAUAGAAUGUGGGUUCCUUUAACAGACCCAUUUGUAGCUUUCCUUCAAUGGUCUCUUGUCCAUCAUGCCAUGUUAUCCUUCAAUCAUUUAAGAUUCUUAGGUGAUAGGCCUGGGACAGCUCCAUCAGCAGCUUUGGACAAAUGCAUUUAUAGCCACUAAUCAGCCUCCUGAAAGGGGUACAGACACAUCAGUGGCAGUGGGAAAGGCCCAAGUUUCUGCCAGCCAGAGAGAAAACCUCGUUUUGAAAAGGGCAGGCUCCCAUGGGCAGCCUCGGAACCAGGGUUCAUGGGCCUCUUGUUGACUGUAUGGUAGAUGCAGGUGAUCACUAAGAUGUCAGAUGGCAGGUCUUUAGGAAAAUCACCUGGUGAUUGGCCAACAGGAGCAAAUAUUGGCAGCUGCUCCAGGAAGGAGGGUCUGGAGAGAGAUGGUGCCUCUGCUUGUCUGAUCAUGCCAGCAGCAGGUGGCGUUAUGGGGACCAGGGAAUCAACCCUUUAACACAGGAAGAGACAGAGGUCACUCAUGUUGUCAGCACACUCUCAGCUUGUGCAUGUCACCAGCUGCAGCCCAGUUCAGAGGCCCUCUGUGGGCUCUCAGGGGAAGUAAAUGUGGUGAGUUAGUGUGUCUAUGUUGCUUCUCCAGAAUAUUCCUUUAAAAUACCACAGUGCCUUUCCAUGUCUGUCCUUUCCCUUCUAUGGGUUCACUGUGGAAUCCUGUGAGGCAUCCUCUUGCACAUUAAUUCAGUCUGCUUCCAUGUUUGGUUGCAUAUUCACUAUGGUUUUAUCCAGCUGUAGGAAGGACUGAGAUGUUUUUUAAAUAUGGAAAAGGACCUUUGUAGAAAUUGAGUAAAAUAAUGCCCCUUUUCAAAAAUGACUUGCUUGCUCUCUAUUUACAUGGGACACCCCCAAAGUGAACCUUAGACCUAACACAAAAAAGAGGCCACAAAAUUUAGGAACAAGGAGACACAGAAAUGAGUUCAUCCAUUUUCUUGUGGUGACUGACGGGCACAUAUCUGGGGUCACUAAGGGGAUUUCUCAGUUCUUCAGGAAAAUUCCAUCAGCAUCAAGAGUAUUCAGAAGCUUGGUAAACAUUGUAGAAAAUCCAGUAGAAAGCCCUUCACCAAAUCAUGCAAAGCCUGCUUUCCUGUAGCCAGAGGCAAGGAGGUUAAAAACAGAAAGCUAGCAGGUCUCCUGGGAGCAUGUGGGACCCGUUUUCAGUGUGGAAGUGUAUGAGGUCCCCAAGUGAUAUGCCUGCUGUAUGCUGCAUGUUAGACUAGCAAAGUGGUUCUUAAAGGUUAUUCUACUGUUGUUUGGGAUAAAGCAUUAUGGCCAGGUAAAUGCACAGGUAACAUAUGAAACACAUCCAGUGAAAUCUACAUACAUCUGAUACAAACUCCAAAUUUAGAGGGAUUGUGAAGCAUUUUUAUUUAAUGGAAAUGGCCCUUUACCAGAUGAAAGAUAGAAAAUGAGUGUCAUUUUGGAAAUGCUCCAAUAUCCAGGGAUUUAGCUGAUGUUCUGUCUGCUGUACAAAGCAAUAAUAUACAUGUGGGGAAUAUUUUCUGAAAAAGGAUGGUGGAAGGGGGGUGCUACAGGGCCAAGUCGGGCCAAAAUGAGCCUUCUAGAAUAUCCUCUGAUGUUCAGCACAUUGUGGGGAUGAUGAACAAGUCUCCCAUGAGUGCAAUGCUUUAUAGCACAAUGCUCUAGAGUUCAGACUUUGUUAAGGUUUUUUUAAAUUUCUGAUGUGCACGGUGUGACUGGCAGAAUGAGUUUAAAAGCUUUAAGAGCAAUUAAUUGCAUGGCAGGCACCCACGCUCACUUCACUUCCAGAACUUGACUGAUGCAUCCAUGUACAUUUCCGUUGAAGAAUUUUGGUGGAGGGGGUGUUCCUCCUCACAAAGUCACAUGUAUUAAAGUAUAUGCAGUCACUUCUAAUUCACUUGCACUGUUUGGGAAAUGCAGGUUUACAAAAAUACAUGUAUGGAAUAAAAAGUGGCUGCAAAUGA